AUGAUAACAAAAUACUUUACAAAUGUGGUGGUGAAAUUCAAUCCAUUCGGUCCCGAGGCCAGAGCCGCAAGAUCGGUGCUAUCAGAAAUACCUCCAAAGCUUCGAACUCAGUGUAAAGUGGAUCUCGAGGUUCUUACCAAAAAUUCAACUAAUAAUCCACUUGUUGAGGUGACGUUUAAGGACAAAACAAUUAUGAAGGGUAACCCUGCACAGAUGACAAUGGAAGAUUUCGCACAUAUGUUUGACAGACAUUCUAGACAAUUACAAUUUAAGGAUGAUGUUAGCGAAUAG